CCACAACUUGUCAGAUCAGAACUGCUGUGUGACUUUGGUUGCUGUUUUGAUGAGGCUUUUUUUCUGUAACUUGAUACCGCGUUUUGAAAAAAAAGGAGGUUCUCCUUGUUAUCGAGAACAGCUUGUGAUACUGGAUGGUACUGGAUGGUGAGGAUGCAAACGACAGUAGAAAGGAGGCUGGGAAUGUAGGUGGGAGUUGGAUUAAGGUUUUUUAAUGUCAGGAACUUUAGACAUUACAUUGUAUGCAGUGACGUAAAACGGUUGGUAUUGUAAAACUGUUGGUAUUGUCUAGGUUUUGGAAAGUUAGCUAUAAUAGCUAUACUAGAGUUGGAUUAGAGAGGGAAGAAACUGUAAAAAGGUCCUAGACAGUUGCAGGAGUCGAGGGGAGAACUGAAUGCCUGAAACAGAAAAGGAGGAAAAGAGAGCCAGGUUCAAGAGAGAGACUUACCAGAUAAAAUAAACAGGACUUAUUACAGGCCUGUGGAGGGAGGCAGAGUGAGAAGUGAAAUAUUACUAACAUUGGCUACUAGUAGUGCACUGCCAUUAACUGAAAUUGCAACUGCAGGAGGAGCAGGAAUUUAAAAAUUCACUUAUUAUUUCAUCAUUCAAUGACUAUCUAUUGUGCCUUUAUUAUUUGCAGAAUUUUAGAUGCCAGAGAUACAACUGUGAAUAAGACACAUUAAAGUCCCUGAGCUGAGUUUAUGGCCUAGAGGGGAAGACAGUAAGCAAGACAACCCAAUUAUUAUCCCCAUUUUACAAAUGAGGAAAAAGAAAAGACUUAAAGCUAGUAAAUGGUGAAGAGUAAUUGGAACCUGGCACUAAUUCCCCUUCAUUCACAACUCUGGAAAGCAGAGUCAUUUUAGAGUCUUCACCUUGGAAGGACAUCUUAUCCAUAAUCAUAAUGACGGCUGAAGUUCAAAUGGUUCUUUAUGAAGAUGAUUCAGUGCAAGUACAAUAUGUUGAUGGUUCCAAAUUGCAACUUUCUCCAUGUGGCUCUGAAUUUUUAUUUGAAAAGACACCUCCUAUUACAGCACAUCCUUUAGAACAACCGGAAAGAAUUCGUCAAAGGACACAGUUUGUGAUUAGCACUUACCGAGAGGAGCAACUACAGCGAGCCCUACGUUUUCGAAAUGCUUCUGCCAAAUGCCCUUUUUUAUCUGAAAGCAUCAUCCCUUCUGAAAAAAAAAAGCGUAUCUUCACUGACAUCUCAGAAGUUAGAUGGCCCAGUCUUGAUACCAGUGAUGCCAUGAUAUGUAUGGAAGGUGGCACCGUGAAGAUAUCAUCUUUAGAUGGUCAUGCAUACCUUUGCCUGCCCAAAUCUCAGCAUGAAUUUACAGUACAUUUUUUGUGUAAAGUUAGCAAGAAGUUGGACUCAUCUUUAGUAUUGUUAGAAAGAAAAAAUCAAACCAAAAGGGACAAACGAGUUGAAAAAGCAGAUAAAGACUAUACUUUUGGAAGUUUAUCAGGGCAGAGACUGAAGAAUAAAGAAAAUGAACUUUAUUGCCAUAUCGUGAAAUGCAAAGGACCCUCAGAGCAGAAGAGUUGUAUAAAUGGAACUGAAAGUAGGGAGGAGCUACCUUUGCCUAGUACAAAACACACAUGUAUUUACACAUGGGUAGAGCAGUGCUGGUCUGUGGCCUCCUGUCCAGAGGAAUGGAAAUAUCCUUUGUCUUUAGCACGUAAUUUUCACGAUAAAAUUAGCAAUAGGUCUAAAAUUGAUACAGAUAUCACCCAGAACAGAGUUUUAAUUUCUGAUGUUUCAGCGGAAAGUGGAAAAGAGGUUUCUGUUCUUCCCAAGGCCCUGUUACUCAGCUGUCCUGUCCCACACCUGCACAGGUGGGAUUUUUGUGAUUCACCUUUACAGAGACAGUCUGAGGAAGAGGAGUAUUCCUAUCCUGAACUAGUAAAAGUGGCUUGGUACAAGGGUAUUACAUACAGACUUACACAUAAGCAUGUAAACUCAAUAGAGAUUUAUCCUGGAGAUGGAUCUAUCUUCAAAUCAGAAGGAGCUUAUUUUGGGAACUAUUUUACUUAUUAUUCCAUUCAAGAAGGAUCAGAAGAGAGAGAAGAGAAAACUUAUUCAGUAAAUAACCUUCCUCCAGAUAAACCAGGAAGUCCAUUCUCUGUGUGUUCUCUAAUUAAACAGGCAACCAGAAUUCUUCAACAUUGUGCCAAGAUAAAACUUUCAUUAAGCCAUAACUAUCGUAUAUGCUGCUGGAAAAUGGUACCUGGGAUAAAUGAUAACAGUAUCUUGCCUUUGCUUUUGAAAGAAUUGUUCAUUCCCAGUGUGGGAAGAUUUCUUGUAUACUCCGAUGAUAAAGUUCAUGCUAUCUUUUUAGAUGGCAUUACUCUAACUCUAAAUUGGACUUUCAGUUCUUUCACUGAAAAGAGACAGGUAAAUCAAGGUCUCAACUUAGGUUGGUGUAAAUUAACUUUUCCUGAUGGGCAAGAUAAGUUAAUUCAGAUUAAACACCCUGGACCAUUUGAAAGAUAUGUGACAACAGUAAUAUCAUGGUGCAGAAAACUGACCCAGACUAGUCUGAGAGAGAUGCCCACACAUCCUUCAUCUUCUGUUCUUGAAGAAAAUUGGUCUGUUGCUUCUGAACUUGAAAAGAUACAGAAGUUUAACUUGUUACUGGAGAAUAGUGGUAUCCUAAACCAGUUUUCUAACAAGAAAAAUAAACAGUCCUCUGAUCAUUGCAAACCAAGGUUUUCAGAAAUCUUGGUAGACCAAGUUAAUGAAAAGACAGUAUCAGUAGCAUUGAAAAAAACCUCUGAAAUCCUUCAGGAUAUUGACUGUCUUCUGUCAAACUCAAAGAAGUAAAAAAUGGAAUUAUUAUUUUAUUAAACCUGAAAGAUUUUGCUUCAAGUGGCUGGAAUAAAAAGACCUAGUAAGCUAAGAAUUGUAUAUAUUACUUCUAUACAAUGAUCGUAUGAGAAUUAACAUUUAAUUUUGGAGGUAUUUUACCUAAUUUGUA